AUGGCGAAAACCAAGAAUCAGAGGAAAACCGCCUUGGUGUCGACGUCCAAUCAUCAGAGGAGGACGUGCAUGUGUUCCCCUACGACGCACCCUGGCUCCUUCCGCUGCUCCUACCACAAACGCCUCGUCGAACAGCAGCAGCAGCAAAUGGCGUCGUUUCAUUCUGCUUCUUCUUCGAGUGGUAACACCCUAAAUCUUCGAAGAUCGGCGAUGCAGAACUUGCUGGUGCGGAUCGGAGGAGUGGAGGGCGAGCUGGUGAAGAGAGCUCUAAGUACUCUGAUCAGACCCUCCUCCCACAACCAUCCCCGCCGUGAAGCCUUUCAUUCAAGGCCGAGCUGCCUCUCCAUCAUGUCCAAGGCAGAAAAUUAG